AUGCAGCCGACCUCGCCCGGUGCUGGACCGCUUACCCUGGAGCGGCGCCGGCGCGACGAGGCCCUCCGGCGCGACGAAGCCCUCCGCAACUCGGCGAGCCAGCCCGACUGGCUCCGAGCCCUGGAGACACCCGAUGAGUUCGCGGCCGCGUCAUCCGGCUGCUUCACCCCUACGGCUCAGCUCACCGCAGCGUGCGACGCCACUCCAGGCUGGCUACGCCACGCAGCCUCGGCGCUCCACCAAGCACAGUCCGAGCGGCAGCCGCUUCGGCUCCUCGCAUCGCCUCCUCAGUCGCCGCCUCCUCAGUCGCCGCUGCCCACUGGCCGGACCCUGUGCAACACGCCAGCGACACUGCUCGACCCGCGCUGCGACACGGACAUCGAGGAGCACUGGCUCAGCGAUGGCUGCGGCACCGAUCUCGAGGAGGACGUUUGCGGCGCCUCCGGCUCACUCGGCCAGCUCUCGGGAAUGCUCGGCCGGCUUCAGAUCGAGACCUCCUCCUCCGCCUCCUCCUCCGGCGAGUCAGCAGCCCGUUCGGCGGCGUGCCGGCUCGACCAGCAGCGCAGCGGCGGCGCUUUUGAUCGCGCCUCUGCGUGGCUCGAGUGGCGCGAGGAGGAGGCGGCCGGGCGAGCCGUCCUCCUCGACCUUGUCGCCGCCAAGGCCGCCGCCUCGAGGAGCGCGCCGCAGCGCCGCGGCGCCACCUCAGCCACUCUCAUCGUCUGCGCCGCCUCGCGAGUCGAGGCCGUCUCUGCCGCGCUCCGACGGCGGCUCGUCGCCCACGCGUGCCACGUGUCUCGCCGCAAGCUGAGUGCGGCCGAGGCGCUGCGCCACGCCGUCGUGCUGACGACGUACGGCCUCCUCGCCGCCAAGGACUGCGAGCAAGCCCUCUGCGCCCGGCCAAAAGGAGGCGCGCGCCAGAGCCUCGAGGCUGCACGCGCGCGCGUGGGGGCGGCUGGUGCUGCCGGACGCGGAGGGCCUGAGGUGUGA